CACCGCCGAGCCUGACCCGGGCGUCGCCAUCGACCCCGCGCCAGCCAAUGGAGCAGCCCGUCGCGCUGGACCGGAGCUCGUGGAUGCCGACCCAGCCGCCGCCGGUUUGACCUGCCGAAAAAAUAAGAAGGGGAGCGGAGGGGGUGGACUGGGAGAGGAGGGGAAGCAAGGAGCGAGUCCGCGAUGGGCGGGUGGGAGUGGUUCUGCUGCGGCCGAUCCAACGCCGGAAGCGCCGAGGUCCGGCUCCCCGAGCCGUUCCACCUGCCGGCGACCUUGCCCAAGUGGCCGCAAGGAGGGGAUUUCGCUAAGGGCACAAUCUGCAUAGGAGGGCUUGAUGUUGUGAAUAUUACCAAAUUCCGGAGUAUAUGGAGCUGCUCAGGAGCUUCAUUUUAUGAGCCAGAAGGAGUUCCUGAUGGUUUCCACUGCCUUGGGCACUAUGCCCAACAGAAUGACCGACCCCUACAGGGAUUUCUUCUUGUCGCAAGGGAAGCGGCUAGCCACCUACUGAUUAGUAGCAAGCCUGCCCUUGAGAAACCAUUAGAUUACUCCCUUGUUUGGACCAAUGCUGCCUUAAAUGAAGAUGACAACAGCGAAUGUGGUUGCGUCUGGUUGCCAUCUCCACCAAAUGGGUACAAAGCCCUUGGCUAUGUGGUUACUAAAGGACCCAAGAAGCCCUCGCUGGAAGCAGUUCGAUGUGUGCGAGAUGACCUAACAGACACGUGUGAAAAUUUCCACUCAAUUGUAAAUCUGGAAAAUGCAUGCCAAAUCUGGAAGACAAGGCCUUGCCACAGAGGGGUGAAAGGACAUGGUAUACCGGUCGGUACAUUCUCAUGUGAAACUGAUCCAACGGAAAGCGAGGAAUCAAUAAUUCCCUGCUUAAAAAACUUUGACUCGAAUUUGAAAGCCAUGCCUAAUUUGGAACAGAUCAAUGCUCUGAUCAAGCACUACGGCCCUACUGUUUUCUUCCAUCCACAAGAGACCUACUUACCAUCAUCAGUUUCUUGGUUCUUUGAAAAUGGAGCGACACUGCACAAGAAAGAUAUAAAAAUGGGAGAUGCAAUACUCCCUGGUGGCUCGAACCUGCCUGCUGGUGGGAUAAAUGAUGGUGAGUAUUGGAUCGAUCUCCCUGAUGAUGAUAGGAAUGAGUAUGUCAAAGUUGGCAAUCUGAAGAGUGCUGAGCUAUAUGUUCAUGUGAAGCCAGCUCAUGGAGGGACCUUCACUGACAUUGCAAUGUGGGUAUUCUGCCCAUUCAACGGGCCCGCAACGAUCAAGGUUGGAAUUGCAAGCUUUGCUCUACAGAAAGUUGGUAGGCAUAUUGGAGACUGGGAGCAUUUCACCCUCAGAGUGAGUAACUUCUCAGGUGAGCUGUCAUCUAUCUACUUCUCGCAGCAUAGCGGGGGUGAAUGGGUGGAUGCUUGCAAGUUGGAGUUCAUCUCAGGAAACAAAGCAAUUGUGUACUCGUCGAGGAAUGGACAUGCAAGCUAUGCCCACCCAGGCUGCUAUCUGAUGGGGUCUGAGAAGCUUGGUGUUGGAGUAAGAAACGAUGUGGCCCGAAGUGACUUUUCAGUUGAUUCAAGCACACAGUAUAAAAUCAUCUCUGCAGGACAUCUGGGAGACGCUGUUGUCGAACCAUGCUGGCUGCAGUACAUGAGGGAAUGGGGACCGACCAUCACAUACAACUCGCGUUCAGAGAUAGACACGGUUCUUAGCUUCCUACCGUUCUUCCUCCGGUUCACAGCGGAAGCAAUAUUUAACAGCCUUCCGGCGGAAUUGUACAAGGAGGAAGGUCCUACAGGACCUAAAGAGAAGAACAACUGGGAAGGCGACGAGAGGGGCUAGUCUUUGUGGCCUUCAUUAUUUAUCCCAGCUACCUUUAUCUGUACCUUAAAGAUGUAUUUGAUGAAAGAUUGCUGUGCUAUGAUAGGACAUUUUAGUUUGACAUAUUUUUAGGCCAAUGGUGGUACAGCUUGAGGAUACAGUGCGCUUGUCAGGUUAGAUACAUUGCACUGUUUAUCUAGCUCAACACAGUGUGUGACUGCCAAAUUGAGCCUUGUAUUGUACUGCUACUAUAUUUUAUAUUUGGCAAGAGCCACAAAUGUAGUUUGGAAUCAAUGAUCUUGUGAGUUCUUGUCUUCGAGUAAAA